AAAGGUCCCUAGCUUGUCAGACAAUUAUGGUCGUCAGAGGUGUUGAUGGGUACAUGGUUACGGAUUUUUAUCUGGAGCAGUGUGUCACUGAAGAGAACUUACAUGUUGUUCAGUUACAGUAUCAUUUGAGGUCAUACCUGUGCCUUCAAACUUUUAUGUGUUGUACCAGCUCUUCAGAUGUUUUUGAUGUUAUGUUUGUGCCCAUAUCCUUAUCCCAUUCACCCAAAUUUAACACAGCUUAGCGCAGCUGACUGAAGAAAUGCUGUGGAAUUUUAGCCAGCAGUCAAUCUGGCUAGAUCACUGCAGUGUUUAUUUCCAUAUGCUUUCAUAAUAAAGUUAGAAGUUAUUUAACAAGGUCAUUCUGUUUACAAGUCUUUGACAAAUCAACAUGUUUAUUGGAAUACCUAAAUACUUUUUAUUAUUAGAAGGUGAAAAGUGAUAUGAAGGUAGAUAAACUUGAGUGAUAAAUGGUAAAUCUUCAAAGAUCACCUUUUCCUAACAGAAUUGAAUCAAAAUCUUUUUGUGAUUGAAGGAAAAUUGUGUUGUAUGUGAGUUAUGUAAAUAGAAACAACUGUACUUAGAGUUUUCAUUUAAGGGAUAGUAUGCUCACUUUUUGAAAACUAUUUUGUGCUGCAAUUAAAAAUGGAAGGGGUGUAGGGAGGUAUACAAACGGUAUGUAGCAGCAAGCUCUAUUCUACCACAUUUCCCUUGGUUUUGAAUUUUUAUAGACAGCAGUUGAAUCAGGGGAUGAAGAAGGGGCGGAAGUCUUCUGAAGGCUGCUGGUGGACUCUUAAGAAAUUGCUGCAGUUCCAUAAGUGGAUUUAGCAGAGAAAGCAGCUGCAGCAGCCUGGAAAUUACCAUGGAAAAAAUCCUUAAAACAGAAUUGAAAACUUCUCUUCUGAAGGCAUUUGGAAGUUCCGGAGGAGGAUACAUUAGCCAAAGCCAAGGUUAUGAAACAGACAGUGGACGAAUAUUUGUUAAAAUCAACCACAAACCUCAGGCUAGAAAAAUGUUUGAAGGGGAAAUGGCAAGUUUGGAAGCUAUUCAGAAAACCAAUAUUGUGAGAGUGCCUCAACCUAUUAAAGUAAUUGACCUACCUGGAGGAGGAGCAAUGUUUGUCAUGGAGUACCUAAAGAUGAAGCAUCUCAACAAAUAUUCUUCAAAGCUUGGAGAGCAGAUAGCAGAUCUUCAUCUUUAUAACCAGAAACUUGGAGAGAAAUUGAGAAAGGAGGGAAACACAAUUGGUAAAGGAGCAGGUCACUCUGAGUCUCAGUAUGUGGAUAAGUUUGGAUUCCAUACAGCCACUUGCUGUGGUUAUAUACCACAGGUGAAUGAAUGGCAGAGUGAUUGGCCUUCCUUCUUUAUUCGUCACCGACUCCAAGCUCAGUUGGAUUUGAUUGAAAAAGAUUAUGGAGACAGAGAAGCCAGAGAACUUUGGUCACAGCUGAAACUAAAGAUUCCUGAAAUGUUCUGUGAUGUAGAAAUCGUUCCUGCUCUCCUACAUGGGGACCUGUGGGCAGGAAAUGUGGCUGAAGACGACUCUGGGCCAAUUAUCUUUGAUCCUGCUUCCUUCUAUGGCCAUUCAGAAUUUGAACUGGCCAUUGCUGGAAUGUUUGGUGGGUUCAGCAGCUGUUUUUUUUCUGCCUAUCACAGUAAAAUACCCAAAGCUCCAGGAUUUGAGAAACGAAACAAAUUGUAUCAGCUCUUUAAUUACAUAAACCACUGGAAUCAUUUUGGGACAGGGUACAGGGGAUCUACCCUAAAUGUAAUGAGAAAACUUUUAAAGUAACCAGAUAGGUUUGAGAAAUUCUGACAUAGUCCCUGAGUAGUGAACAGUCCCUGCUUAUCAGAAGUACCACAAAUGAGGAAUUAAUGUUGAUGAUAAAACAUCUGACUGUAAAAGCCUUAGUACACUUUUGAACUUCACUAAAUGUUGAGUGAUUUUUAACUUAUAUACUAGUUUAGGAGCACAGAUUCAUACUGAAGGAAAAGACUGUGUUGUUUGUGAAGACUCCACUAGGUUGGAAAAGUAGCAUGACAGUCAGCCUGACCUUACUCUCUGUGGAGAGUCUCCCUGCAUAGCUGCUGCGUUUCCACAGUUGUUUGCAUCUUCCCACUUCUGCUACUGCUCUAUCAGCAGUUCAUUAUUGAGAACUACUGCUGUGGGAUUGUGGUGCUGGAAGUAAUAGCUAGUUCCUUACGUCUCCCCUUUUUUGUUCUGUUUUAGUUUUCUGUCUCUGUUUCCAUCCCUUUUUCCAUUUAUGUUUCUGUCGUCUUCUACAUGUUAAGUGUCCUAAUCGAAAACUUAAAUCAGAUUCUAUGAAUCUGAAAAUGAAAACAUGCUCUUUUUGAUUUAAAGAGGAGACAAGGCCCUUUGGACUGCACUUGGCAAACAUAUAUAAUUAAUAACAUUACUAAUAUUUAUUUUAAUUUAAUGUAAUUUAUUUACAUGAUUUUUUCUCUUGCUAUAAGAAAUUAAAUUACAGUGGUAUUUCAUAAAAAGGAUGUCUCUAGUUCCCUGGUAAUUAACUGUAUGGUCUGAAAGUGGGUUAUUACCACACAAGUUUGAUAAUAACAUGUCAUAGUUUUAGUAUGAUAUUUUAGUGUGUCACACUAUGAUAGUAACAUAUUUAAAUAACUUUGUAAAAAGAUAGCAAAAAGUGGGAGGGAGCGUAGUGUUCUGAUGACAAGAAAGCAUCUGUUGCUGCUGUGUUGGUUGGUGCUUGAUACAUUUUCAAUUUUACGAAAUAAAACUGAGGCAAAGCUAGUCUGUUCUGCCAUUGCUGGAUUGCUGAAGGAACAGUGUCAAAUUGGAUGGCUUUAUUAUAUUUUUUAAUAUUCUUAACUGCUUUGUUUUUACAGAAAACAUAGGCAAUGAGAAUUUGGAGAGAAAACUGCAACAAAGAUACUGGCAUACAAUGUCAGCUAGAGUACAUUAGCAAAUCUAUGGGUUUUUUAAUGGGAGAAAGUGGUAAAGAAAGUAAAUGUAAGUGCAGUCCAACAAAUGCUUAUGUGAAUCAGAAGACUUGAAUGACUGUACUUAAGUAUUUUGGCUUUAGACAGUUGCCAUUAUUAAUAUGUAAAAUAUAUAUUUUAAAUGCUCAAAUAUGUUUAGACUUUUUUUCAAUUUUAAACGGCUGUCCUACAAAGAUUUCAUAUAGUUAGAUGUUGCAAUUAAUACGAUUAAAAAAAUGCAUUUAAUUUCCUAUAAAUAUAAUAUAAAUAGAUUUUUUUACUUCCUUCGAAUUUGGGCUACAAUUAGAGGAAGUUGUCAUGGUGUGGUUAUAACACUUAAUAGUAUUAUAACAAUGGAAAAGUAGAAUAAUAGAAUACAGUUGAAAUCCUAGCUGGUAACUAGAAGAUCCGGGUCUGAGAAAACAGCAAAGUGCAUGUGUACUAGCAUUUAUUAAUGUUAACAAAAAUACAUGCAUUACAUUGGAAAGUACAUGUGAACUUAAGGUCUUUCUCAAAUAAAAUACUUGCCUUGCAGAAACUAGGUGCUUGGUGUACCUGCA